CUCCUCCUUGUCUAGGAUCCUGCUGGGAUUUUUGAGCUGGUGGAAGUGGUUGGAAAUGGCACCUACGGACAAGUCUAUAAGGGUCGACAUGUUAAAACAGGUCAGCUGGCAGCCAUCAAAGUCAUGGAUGUUACUGAGGAUGAAGAGGAAGAAAUCAAACUGGAGAUAAAUAUGCUGAAGAAGUACUCUCAUCAUAGAAAUAUUGCAACAUAUUACGGUGCUUUCAUUAAAAAGAGCCCUCCAGGACAUGAUGACCAACUCUGGCUUGUUAUGGAGUUCUGCGGGGCCGGGUCCAUCACAGACCUUGUGAAGAACACCAAGGGGAACACACUCAAAGAAGACUGGAUAGCGUACAUCUCCAGGGAGAUCCUGAGGGGCCUGGCGCAUCUUCACAUCCAUCAUGUGAUUCACCGGGACAUUAAGGGCCAGAAUGUGCUGUUGACAGAGAAUGCAGAGGUGAAGCUCGUGGAUUUUGGUGUGAGUGCUCAGCUCGACAGGACAGUUGGGAGGAGAAAUACGUUCAUAGGCACCCCCUACUGGAUGGCUCCGGAGGUCAUCGCCUGCGACGAGAACCCAGAUGCCACCUAUGAUUACAGAAGUGACCUUUGGUCUUGUGGCAUUACAGCUAUUGAGAUGGCAGAAGGUGCUCCCCCUCUCUGUGACAUGCAUCCAAUGAGAGCACUGUUUCUCAUUCCCAGAAACCCUCCUCCCCGGCUGAAGUCAAAAAAAUGGUCAAAGAAGUUUUUUAGUUUUAUAGAAGGGUGCCUGGUGAAGAACUACAUGCAGCGGCCCUCCACAGAGCAGCUUCUAAAACAUCCUUUCAUAAGGGAUCAGCCAAACGAACGGCAAGUUAGAAUCCAGCUCAAGGACCACAUAGACCGGACCAGGAAGAAGAGAGGAGAGAAAGAUGAAACUGAAUAUGAGUACAGUGGGAGCGAGGAAGAAGAGGAGGAAGUGCCUGAACAGGAAGGAGAGCCGAGCUCCAUUGUCAACGUGCCUGGUGAGUCUACCCUUCGCCGGGAUUUCCUGAGACUGCAGCAGGAGAACAAGGAGCGCUCCGAGGCUCUUCGCAGACAACAGCUCCUGCAGGAGCAGCAGCUCCGGGAGCAGGAAGAGUAUAAACGGCAGCUGCUGGCAGAGAGACAGAAGCGGAUCGAGCAGCAGAAGGAGCAGAGGCGGCGGCUAGAGGAGCAACAAAGGAGAGAGCGUGAAGCUAGAAGGCAGCAGGAACGUGAACAGCGACGGAGAGAGCAGGAAGAGAAGAGGCGCCUAGAGGAGCUGGAGAGAAGGCGGAAAGAAGAAGAGGAGAGGAGACGGGCAGAAGAGGAGAAGAGGCGAGUGGAGAGAGAACAGGAGUAUAUCAGGCGACAGCUAGAAGAGGAGCAGCGGCACUUGGAAACCCUUCAGCAGCAGCUGCUGCAGGAGCAGGCCAUGUUACUGGAGUGCCGAUGGCGGGAGAUGGAGGAACACCGGCAGGCAGAGAGGCUCCAGAGGCAGUUGCAACAAGAACAAGCAUAUCUCCUGUCUCUACAGCAUGACCACAGGAGGCCGCACCCACAGCACGCGCAGCUCCAGCAGCACCCGGAACGGAGCAAGCCCAGCUUCCACGCCCCAGACCCUAAGCCCCACCACGAGCCCGCCGACCGAGCUCGAGAGGUGGAAGAUAGAUUUAGGAAAACUAACCACAGCUCCCCUGAAGCCCAGUCUAAGCAGACAGGCAGAGUAUUGGAGCCACCAGUGCCUUCCAGAUCAGAGUCUUUUUCCAAUGGCAACUCCGAGUCUGUGCAUCCUGCCCUGCAGAGACCAGCCGAGCCACAGGUACAGUGGUCCCACCUGGCAUCUCUCAAGAACAGUGUUUCCCCUGUCUCGCGAUCCCAUUCCUUCAGUGACCCUUCUCCUCCCAAAUUUGCACAUCACCAUCUUCGCUCUCAGGACCCAUGUCCACCUUCCCGCAGUGAGGUGCUAAGUCAGAGUUCUGACUCUAAGUCGGAGGUACCUGAGCCCACCCAAAAGGCUUGGUCUAGAUCAGACAGUGACGAGGUGCCUCCAAGGGUUCCAGUGAGAACAACGUCUCGUUCCCCUGUUCUGUCCCGUCGGGACUCCCCACUCCAGGGCAGUGGGCCACAGAAUAGCCAAGCAGGUCAAAGAAACUCCACCAGCAGUAUCGAGCCCAGGCUGCUGUGGGAGAGAGUGGAGAAGCUGGUGCCCAGGCCUGGCAGUGGCAGCUCCUCGGGGUCCAGCAACUCCGGAUCCCAGCCUGGCUCCCACCCUGGGUCUCAGAGCGGCUCUGGGGAGCGCUUCCGAGUGAGAUCAUCAUCCAAAUCUGAAGGCUCUCCAUCUCAGCGCCUUGAAAAUGCAGCGAAAAAACCUGAAGAUAAAAAAGAAGUGUUUAGACCUCUCAAACCUGCUGGGGAAGUGGAUUUGACGGCACUGGCAAAAGAGCUCCGGGCAGUGGAAGAUGUGCGACCGCCACACAAGGUCACUGACUACUCCUCGUCCAGUGAGGAGUCGGGGACCACAGAUGAAGAAGACGAUGACGCAGAGCAAGAGGGGCCCGAGGAGCCCACGUCUGGACCAGAGGACACCAGAGCAGCGUCAUCUCUGAACUUGAGCAAUGGCGAGACAGAGUCCGUGAAAACCAUGAUUGUCCAUGACGAUGUAGAAAGUGAACCGGCCAUGACCCCGUCUAAGGAGGGCACUCUGAUCGUCCGCCAGAGUACAGUUGACCAAAAGCGUGCCAGCCAUCAUGAGAGCAAUGGCUUUGCGGGUCGCAUUCACCUCUUGCCAGAUCUCUUACAGCAAAGCCAUUCCUCCUCCACCUCUUCCACCUCCUCCUCCCCAUCUUCCAGCCAGCCGACUCCCACCAUGUCCCCACAGACACCCCAGGACAAGCUCACUACUAAUGAGACUCAGUCCGCUAGUAGCACACUCCAGAAACACAAAUCUUCCUCCUCCUUUACACCUUUUAUAGACCCCAGAUUACUACAGAUUUCUCCAUCUAGUGGGACAACAGUGACUUCUGUGGUGGGAUUUUCUUGUGAUGGAAUGAGACCGGAAGCCAUAAGGCAAGAUCCUACCCGGAAGGGCUCAGUGGUCAAUGUGAAUCCCACCAACACUAGGCCACAGAGUGACACCCCAGAGAUCCGUAAAUACAAGAAGAGAUUUAACUCUGAGAUUCUGUGUGCUGCUUUAUGGGGAGUGAAUUUGUUAGUGGGAACAGAGAGUGGCCUGAUGCUGCUGGACAGAAGUGGCCAAGGGAAGGUGUAUCCUCUUAUCAACCGAAGACGGUUUCAACAAAUGGAUGUCCUCGAAGGCUUGAAUGUCUUGGUGACAAUAUCUGGCAAAAAGGAUAAGUUACGUGUCUACUAUUUGUCCUGGUUAAGAAAUAAAAUACUUCACAAUGAUCCGGAAGUUGAGAAGAAGCAGGGAUGGACGACCGUGGGGGAUUUGGAAGGAUGUGUACACUAUAAAGUUGUAAAAUAUGAAAGAAUCAAAUUUCUGGUAAUUGCUUUGAAGAGUUCUGUGGAAGUUUAUGCGUGGGCACCCAAGCCAUAUCACAAAUUUAUGGCCUUUAAGUCGUUUGGAGAACUGGUGCAUAAGCCAUUGCUCGUGGACCUCACCGUCGAGGAAGGCCAGAGGCUGAAAGUGAUCUAUGGGUCCUGUGCUGGGUUCCAUGCCGUCGACGUGGACUCAGGAUCAGUGUAUGACAUUUACCUACCAACACACAUCCAGUGUAGCAUCAAACCCCAUGCAAUCAUCAUCCUCCCCAACACAGACGGGAUGGAGCUUCUGGUAUGCUAUGAAGACGAGGGGGUUUACGUGAAUACCUACGGAAGGAUCACCAAGGAUGUGGUUUUGCAGUGGGGAGAGAUGCCAACGUCUGUGGCGUACAUCCGAUCCAAUCAGACGAUGGGCUGGGGGGAAAAGGCCAUAGAGAUCCGGUCUGUGGAAACUGGUCACCUGGAUGGGGUGUUUAUGCACAAAAGGGCUCAAAGACUGAAGUUCUUAUGUGAACGCAAUGACAAGGUAUUCUUCGCAUCUGUUCGGUCUGGUGGCAGCAGUCAGGUUUACUUCAUGACGCUAGGCAGGACUUCUCUGCUGAGCUGGUAGAAGUGCUGCGGUGAGAGUGGCCAGCCCCAGAGUCGUCACGAUCCUGAGAACUUGGAAUUCCUGGCAACUGGAGCUCAGAGCCGCACAGGGGGAGUCCAGGACAGACAGCUGUGUGCUCAGACACCACGCGUGGGGCUCUUGUCUCCUCUCCUUCCUGCUCCUCCCCUACCAGGCUCCCCCCAUUCUUUUCUUUUCCUUACUCAGAAAAUAAAGGCUGCCAUGCAGCUGGUGCUGUUCACAUUCUACCAUCAGGUGCUACCAGUGUUCGGGCUCGAGCAUCAGACCAGAAAGCAAAUGCCUUUCCUUCAGCUCCAGAAUUCCUAUCUCUGAGUGACUCUGUCGUACGGGUGUCUGAAGGUGGAGACCGUGAACAUGCCGCUGGUUUACUGGAAGUGGGCACAAGGAGGGGGAAAGUGGUGGUCUUAAUGAGCAGUUUGCUGAAGCAGAUUUAAUAUAGUAACAUUAACAAUGUAUUUAAUUGACAUUUCUUUUUUGUAAUGUGACAAUAUGUGGACAAAGAAGAAGGUGCAGGUUUAAGAAGUUAAUAUUUAUAAAAUGUGAAAGACACAGUUACUAGGAUAACUUUUGUGGGUGGGGCUUGGGAGGCGGGGUGGGGCGGGUUAAGGGGGUCCCAUUUUCGUUUCUUUGGAUUUUUUUUUUUUUUUUGGCUUGGCCAAGAACUCAGCCAUUUUUCUGUGUACCAGGUUUUGCCUACAUCAUGUGCAGAUGGUUCUUUUAAAAAAAAAAAAAGAAAGAAAGAAAAAGUGUGCAUUUGUAUAAUGGCCAGAACUUUGUUGUGUGACAGUAUUAGCACUGCCUCAGUUAAAGGUUUAAUUUUUGUUUAAACCUAGAAGUGCGACAACAGUUUUACCACAGUCUGCACUUGCAGAGGAAAAAAAAUUUUUUUUCAACCACGUUUAUUUUUUUUGCCUACCUCAUUGUUUUUAAUGCAUUAAGAGGUGGUUUAGUUUAUAUGUUUUUGGAGGAAAACAUUAACAUUUAAUUUAAUCUUAAUACCAAAACUAUCAGAUUGAAGUUUGACUGUUAUUUUGUCACAGGUCUCAGUAGGCACAAGAGAAAUUGUCCCUGAAGAUGGGAAGUAGCCAGAGGCUUGAUCACGCUGACUGAUGCAGCCUGCUUUCUAAGUGCAGAGAGCAGGGUGCUUUGUUUUCACCACUUUCGCCUACAACACACGGGGCCUCAUUGUCUCAAUCCGGGGUUUGCAGCAGACAGGUGGUCGCUUUAGAAUAGUCACACAAACUGCUCAGUGUUGCAGGAAACUUUCUGGGGUUUGGGGGGGUAUUUCCCUUUUCUAAACAUGCAAUGCACUAAAACUAUUUUAAGAAUGUAGUUAAUACUGCUUAUUCGUAAGGCGGCAUCUUCCUGUGUUCAGGUGUGAUAUCGGAGCCCUGGCUUUUCUUGUUCUCUUGUUCUCUCUCUGUUUUUUAAACCAGUUUUACUUUAUGAAUAUGUUCAUGACAUUUGUAAUAAAUGUCUUGGGUAAUAAUUUGUUUCAUGGCUCCAUGGUCACUCAAUUCCUCUGAGGAUAUCCAUCUCUUGGUCAAAGAUGACGCUCAGUGCCGCCAUCUUCCUUUUCUGUCGUUGGCUCCUGUGGGGGCACUUCCUGACGGCCACUUGAAACACAAGCUUGGUGUUCCAUGGGCUUAAUCCUCCUUGGGGUUCAUUUUCUUUCAUAACAUGAAAGGGGACUUGCCUCCCAAAGCUGUAAUGGUCAUUUGUGCCUCUUCGCCCAGGCUUCGCCCAGCAUUCUCCUCUCUGAUCCGUUCUGACGGCUGUUACCGGCUCUUCCUCCGGGCUCAGCAUUUUUGCCAAAGGCUCUCCUUUGAAUUACAGAAAUCUAGUGAAAAAUAAAUGCACUCACAAAUAUAGAAACAGCUGGUUGUACAUAUCCACAAAGGCAAGAUAUGCUGGGACAGCCUUUCUUUGGGGAGAACAAGGCGGUGGAAAUGGUUUGUCCGUCCGUGUGACUUUGGAGUAGUGCUAAUGUCAAAGCAGAAAGAGCUAGUUGUUUUUGACUAAUUUGUAGUUAACAUAGAGAAGAUUGAAGAGCUGUUCCCACGUUUGGGAGGGACUUUGGAGAUAGGCCACAUUCCAUCACCACAGGACUUCAAAGUAAAAUUAUCUUUGGCAAUUUCCUACAUGUGUUUUGGCUUUUCAAGUCAGACGACAUGUGCCACAGUGAACGUGUGUGUGUGUGCCAAGAAGAGAAAGAACUGGAUGGCUGGGUCCAUUGUAGCCUUUCCCACGGCUGUAGAGAGAGGUGAAAGUUGGGCCAGGUGUCUUUGAAAAAAAUACUAAACUUCUGAUACUAAUAUGGAAGAAAUAAAAAAGGAUGAGGUAUCCAUGGUCUUAAUUAUCCACAAACUUGAAACUCGGUGUCUGUAACUCAAGGGGUGUCACACAGAUAAUGCAGACGUUUUCUUGGAAUUACUGAGUGUUUGGAAUGAGAUGAAAACUGGAUUCCCCUUAAUGUGCUGGGGUCUGAGCUCACGUCAGAAUCGUGCUUGCCCUGCUCGCACCACCCCUGGCACCCACCUGGCACUCUCCUGGUGUUUGAGCUGAACUAAGCUGAACGGAAUUGAAUUCAGUGGUGGGCUUACUCUACUGAGCUCCGGCAGCCAUUGUCCUUGUGACGCGGGGCUCCUGGUGUAUGCCUUCUCUCCGUGGCCUCACCGCCUUGGCAUCCAGGCCGUGUUGCUGCAGCUUGGAGCAGGAGCCCAGUUAGGUUUCUCCAUAAAACCUCAUGGGCUGUUGAAAUUCCAUUCUUCUAGAGAAGGGGUGAUUUUGUUCCUUUAGCAGGGUAUUGACUUCACGGAAGUGCCACGAUGGCAAAAUUACAAAAGAAAACAGUGUUAUGAUAUCAUUAAAUACAGAACAUUGAAAACUACUACAGCAGUGCUCUUCAAAACAAAACAUUGACACAUCUCUAGGUUUAGUCAAGGCUUUAAUAAGGAAUGCCUUCCUGUAUUUAAAUCAGAGUAACUAUUGAGUGCAGUGUUUUUACUUUUUUCUCAUGCACGUGUUACAUUGGAGAAAAUGUUUACAAACGUGGUUUUGUUACACUAAUGCGCAUCACAUAUUUAUGGUUUAUUUUUAAGUGACUUUUUAAAUGGGUUAUUUAGUUUUUUGUCUUAGCUCUAGUCCACGUAGGGUGGAUUCAUAAUCCCUAAUUUUGCCAACUAUAAAUUUGCUAAACAGUAAUACCAGUGACAAACUGCAUUAAAUUUACUAAUCAUAGAGCUGCAAAGCAAGACUGGUGGCAAGCACAUGGCCUUUUUUUUUUUCCCCCCAGUGCUAACUUGUCUUCUGUGUAUUAUGAAAAUUACUGUUGUUCUUCCCCUCCCCCCCUUUUUUUCCCUUAAAUAAAGUAAAAGUGACACCUA